UAUGGGUUUAUCGCUUCCCUAUCUAUAUAAUAAAAUUGAUGUUCUCGAUUUGAAUGAACUUCCAAUAUAUAAAAAAAUGAUUCAAAUAGUCACAAUAUAUGCAUUAAAGAUAUUAAAACAAAAAUAAUAAAAAGACAACAUUGUUGUGAUAAUAACCGACCUAAAUUACGCUUAUAUAUACGCAAUCAGGGAGACGCUAGUCUAUAGUACAAGGCAAAAAGUAGACAAUAAGAGUUUUUUCCUCUCCAUUUAGCCAAUAAUGGUUGAGGAAUGUGGAUAAAUGAGGUAUGGGGAAGGUGUGGUGCCCCCUGGUGGCGGCGUCAAACAAUGCGUAACAAAACAAUGGAGGAGUAGAGCUCAGCAGGACCCCAGUGCAAAUAUGUCCCCACCACCGCCCAUCAAACAGACAUGCAUGAAGUUGUAAAUAGUUUUGUAUGACUUUAAUAAUAUUUUGAGCAAGAUGGACACCCGGAAGCGUAGAAAAGAAGGAAUUACACUUGCAUCAUCACUUGAAAGCUUACAAGUCUCUCCAAAAAGGGCACGUGUCCAUGCCCAGCGCAAGUUUGCUCAAGGGUCACAGCCAAACAGUCCUGCUCCAACUCCUGUUAAGGAGACUAGAGAAUUACGUGACAGGAGUGGUUCUACAGAAACAAGAAGUAGAACCAUUAAUCAGGUUCUUCCACCUCCACCUCUUCUGGAUAUUGUUGAAGUGCCAGUCAGACCAACAGUUGAAGAUUUUUUGACAUUUCUUUGUUACAGAGGAACUUCACUUUUACCACCGGGACUAGAACAUUUUAAUUCGCCCCAACUUCUUGAAGCAGCAGGCGAUAGUCGAAGCCAAAGUCCUGCCAGAGAAGAAAAGGGCAAACUUUCUUCAAAGAAAAAACAAGAUGGUUUUACGGUUGACAAAAAAGAAAGGGAACUUUCAAAGGAUUCCGUUAAGAAGAACCUGGAUCAAAGUACUGAUGGUGAAGGUUCUGCUGUUUCGUUCCGUGUAACACGCAGCACCCUACAGCCUCCUGUGGCUACUAGUACUUCAGUUAUGCCUCAUUCACCAAAGAAGCUCUCAAAAAGACUUAUAAUGAAGAAAGCCCUGCUUCUCCAGACCAAAGCAAAGUCACUAAGACUUCAAGAAAGGAAGAAGGUUGCUUUAAGACGAUCAGAUAUUCAAAUAAUGGAAUCAACACCUGUUCAGGGACCUGUAGUGGCUACAAGGUCAGGGCGACUAUUGCAUAAAUAUCGUGUUUCAGCCACAACAGCAAUGGCUCGAAAGAAAGCACGUGUAGCCAUGCUUUCAUCAAUCCGCCCUAAACAAAAGUUGUCGAGAAUAUUACAAAGAUUGGGCAGCUCUAUCACAAACCAAGAUUCUAAACUGACUAGAAUAACACGUAGUCAGGCAGAAGGGAAAGACGAGGAAGCUGAAGAUAAAACUGUAGAAGGUGAGCAGCAAAGGAAAGUAAUAGAGAGAAUUGAGGAUCGUGACAGUGGGAAGACUGGAAAAACUGAAGGUGUGCUUCAAGAGUCGUCAAACAUAUCUCGACCUAUCAGAUUAGUUAGACAGAAGUUGCCUGGAAGAAAACUUCUUGUUAAGAAAGUGGUCAGGGUUACCAGAGAAGCAAUGAGGCACAAUGAGGCCGAGAUGUGCAAACAAUCUGAAGUUUCUUCAACAUACGUAAGUCAGCCACUGCCCACACAGUCCCCUGACCAAGUGCCUCUUGCUAAAAGGUUGCGAAGAAACAUACAAGACUCUGCAGUUUCACCCAUUUUACCAAAAAAAUUAGCUUCAUCGUCCACCUCUCCGUCAUCCCUUUUUACUCAUAUGCCUAAGAAAUCUUCAAGCACUGAUGCCUCUUCAAACAAUUCCCAGAUUACUCAAAAGAAGUGUUCCCCCUCCACAUCAUCCACAAAUAUACCUGAAUCAGAGGAGAAGAGUGAACCCAGUAUUGCUGGAUCAGAAAUUCUGUCAGUUCCAUCCUCAAAACUGCAUUCUUUGAAAGAAAGUUGUUCCUCUCCGAGUAGUUCACAUCCUCAGAAACAGAAAUCUCAACCUUCUUCAGACACCUCUUCACCAACUACUACCGAAGAUCAAAGUAAAAAAUCUCUUGUAGUCACUCCAGUAAAUAUUUCCUCAAAGAAGUCUUCCCCAGUACUCUCUCCACCCUCUCCAAAUGCAGGCAAGAAGCUAGUAAUUAGAGAAGACAAACAGAAUAAAGUUCCUUCAAUUGUAGUGUCUCCAGAUUCACCUGUUACUUCUCAUACAACAGAAGAAACUGAUACGAGUCCUGGAAUCCGGUCACGGCCGAGCAGACGCACCAAGGAAGCUGCCACAGCUUACUUACAGUUGAUUGGUCGUAAACUGGCACAGGAAUCUAAAGGCAAUUCAAAAUCUGUUGAUGAAGAUGAUUAUGAAGAGGAGGACGAGGAGGAGGAGGAGGAGGAGGAGGAAGAUAAUACUAUUUCAUUAAAGCAGGUCAUGGAUCUGAAGUCUCAGUCAAAAAUCAGACGAAAAGAUAAAGAAGUGGAAGAAAGAAAGUAUCAAAAUUCAUCUGAGGAAGAGACACUGGAGCCCAUAAGAAAAACAGGCAGUGAGGAUAAUGAAAGUUGUGUUGUAAGUGAUAGCUCUGCAAAGACAAACCUUAGAAAGUCUCUCAGGAAAGUUAGAGAUUUUACAAGACAAUCGGAACCUGAGAAAUUGAACACUCCCGACAGUGUCAAUACUGAAGUUGGACGAAUAACCAGAAGAACUCCUUCUUACAAAGAAGAGCUGUCUAAUUCUAUUAAUGAUGAAAAAAUCACUUGUAGCUCUAGAAGAACAAGAAGCUGUGAAAAGAGGGACCCGCCUACACCAGACGAACAAGGUGACUCAGAAUCCACUCAGUCUCCCACUUGUGUGAGAAGAUAUACCCCACCAGAACCAAGCAUCACUGUACCUACUAGAGCAAUGCCAAGAAGACUAAGAAGAACUCGAAGUGAUGCAGACGAACCAAAGAAGAAAGAAUCAUGGCCUUCCUUUAGGCGUGCAUCAUUAGAAGCUGACAGCUCUCAUGAGGUUACUCGACAGAGGCGUACAAUGAGAUUGAGGGAUGAACAGGAUUACAAGGAAAACGAGAAUGAUAGUGAAGAAAAUGAAAGAUUAAUAAUAAACACUCGUACAAAGAGAGAUUUGAAAAGAACAAGUAGUGAGCCAGUGACACCCAUAAAAAAUGCAAAUGAUGAAAAUGAAAAAUGUUUGAGAAUGAGAACUCGUCGACUUGAAGCUCCGGGUGGCAUUAAGGGUGAUAAUUCAUUAGCUGUUAGUAAAGUAAAGGACUCAAAGACUUUUUGUAGUUCACGUGAUAUUAUUUCUAAAGUGGAAAAGGAAGAGGAAUGUAAGAAAAGUGUUUCUAAGGCUGAUUCUAAUGUAGACGUCAAAGAGAAAGAGCACUAUAAAGAUGAAAAGAAAGAUGAUAUAGAAAUUACUGAUGCAGGAAGUUCUUCAGAUGGAAAUAUGCAAAAUUCUGAGAAAAUAUUUGGACCUGCAGCAAAAUCAAGGAGAACAGUUUCACAAGAUAGAAAAAUAGAACAGUAUUUGUCACAUGAAGGUGUACGACAUUCCUCCGUCAGAAGGAGUUUAGAUAAAUCUGAUAGCAAUGACAGUAAUGAUAUUGGUGAAACUUUCUUGAAAAGUAAUAGAAGUAGAAGUGGAUCUUUAGGUAGCAACAUAGAGAACACUAACCUUGAUGCAAAUGAUAAAAAGUUACUGGGACCACUGAACAGAAGGAAAUCUGUUGGAAAUAGAAGGAGAAGUAGUAAUCAUGAUGAAGCCAAAUUAAAUGAAGUUUUAGAGAGUGUUGCCAAAGACUUUGAGAAAGAUAUAGAUGAUGAUCAUUAUGAUAAAAUAGAAAAAGAUUUUAUGAUGGGAAAUAAAUCUCCUGAGAAAAGUAAAGGAGAAACUACACCAACAGAAAUGGAAAAGGAAGAUUUAUUUAUUUCUGACAGUAGUGUUUCUUGCAUGGAUGAAAAAAGUUCAAAUUCAGUAGAUAUGAUGCUUAAUUCAUCAAGUUCACAAAAAAUUUCAGGCAGUACUGCUGUAGUCCAGUCUGGUAGUAGCAGCCCAAGUCCUAGUAAAAGAAGCACAACUAGUAAAAAGCUAAGUGAUGUUGUUCGCAGCCUUCAAAAGAAACAAGCAGAGUCCCCAAGCAAAGUAAACCCACAUGAAAAGCCAACAUUUUUGAAGGAUCUCAACAAGUGGAACUCUGAUAAAUCGAGGCAAGUAAGUUCUCAGUCGAGUCCUCACCUUCACUCUCCUGGUACUUCCUGUGUACCUAUAGCAGUAACACACAAUGAUGUCUCCCUGCCAGAAAUUGCACAUAUCCCUAGUGCACCCUCUACUUCAUUAGAGAAUACAUCCACUACCACCACCACCACCUCAAAGGCACCAUCACAAAUACCUCAGAAAUCUGGCACUACCAAAGUUGCAUCCACUAAAUCCAGCACUACCAGACCUCCCCAAACUAUUUCACCUGUUGUCUCAUGCAGUUCACCCCAGGUAGAGCCUGAGAUGACCACGUGUUCACAAACUUUUGCACCCAGCACUACAGUCACUUCCAGCAUUCAUAAAGGUCUUUCCAGUGUGAGCACAGCACCAGCAGUGACAUCUGCCUUUGCCUCAGGUAUACAGAAAGGAAAUAUAGCAUUAAAAGCAGCACCUUUAAUAUUUCAGAGUGCUCAAGAUGAACAUAUAACUGUUCUUCCAAGCUUGCCAGUUGCAGUUAAAUCUCCUGCUACAAUUAAUGUUGUGGGCACAGGAUUUUCAUCCCCACUCACUGUGUCCCAUGUACCACAAUUAUCAUCAGUUGUAACACUUUCUUCUGUUGGUAGUGGUUCUGUUGCUAGUCCCAGACCAAUAGAUCAGUCAGCUACAAAAAAUACUCACAAACAGCUUUCAAUUGCCCCUAAACCAGCAACACCCUCAGCUGCUCUGGUAGCAUCUGCACCUGCUGGUCAGGUGUCAAAAACUGUUUUACCACCAGGCACUCAAAAGACAGUUCCCAAACCUGUACAAAUUGCCCCAAAGCCCCCAGCUCCUACAUCUCAUAUUCACCCAAAUGCUCACCUUAUUGCCCCUCAGCCUGGUCACAUGAUGCAAGCACAAGUACAGGCUCAGGUGCAGACAAUACCACAGUCAGUUCAUACAGUUCAAGCAAUAACUCAGCCAGUACAAACUAUGCAGGCUAUACCUCAACCUAUACAAACAAUGCAGACUGUAACUGGUAUGCCUGUGCAAGCUGUUAUUACUCAAGCUGUCAUUGAUCCAGCCCAAUUGGUAACCCCAUCUUCACCAGCAAAAAUAAUUACUCAACCAGUAUUUGUUACUUCAUCUAUGCAGAGUGCAGUUACUUAUAGCAUUGCACCUCAAACUGUAGGUCAAGGUCACUUAAGUGGUAAUGUAAGUGCAGUUGCUCGUGUUCUCGCUCCUACCAUGGUCGGUAAAGUAACAGCCAAACCUCAGCCUCAUCUUAUAACCCCAAAGGUACCAGAUUCUCUUGUUACCUUAGCUCCAGCUUCAGUUGGCAGUAUUGCUACAGUGAGACCCAUUGUGCCUUUAUCCCAGCAGGUGCAAACAUCCCAGCAGACACAAAUUCUUGCAGUUAAUGUGAUGCCAGUAGGAUCCACACAAAUGCAAACAGUGACAGGACAGCCAGGUUUGAUAGCAAAACCCCAGAUCCCAAUUCCUCCUCCAGGUCAUCCUCCUGGACACCACCAUACUCUCAUUCCCACAACAGCUACUGAUCAGCUCACCUCUCAAAGCCAUCCUGCUGUUCCGCUCUCACAGUCUCUGCUGAGCACAGCUGCUGCCUCCCAAAUACCUCUUGCUUCUAUUGCUACCACCUUUCCUGUUGUCUCUACUGAAAUUAGAGGAAACUCACCCCAUGCGAACAGCAAUGUUCUAACCAGUACUCACCGUGGAUCAGUCUCUGUUAAUCAGGUAUCAAGGCCAGUGCCUGUUGACAAAAGUAUGCCUGGAAUUACUGCUCCAUGUGGCAAGUUAACUAGUAAUCUGAAAUCCUUUCCUAGUGCUUCUUAUCAAGGCACUCCACAAUUACCCAGCUCUGGCAUGCCUGUAGCAAUAACUAAAGCUUGUACUGUAGCUCCUUGUGGCAUUGUAAAUAAAAUGAUUUCCAAAACGUCUGAGAACAAAUUAGACAGCUCUAUAUCUACGCAGACAUGUAAAGUUGUGGAAACAGCUUUCAAAGGAGGAAUACCAGGGAAUGUAAGAAUAACAGAAGUCUCAAAAGUCAAUGCCAAGAACAUUGAACCAGUCUCUAUAGCAACUACAGAUUCUAGUGCAAAAUUAACAUUUUCUAAUCAGCCAGCUAGGCCACAAUUAGCAUCCUCCUCAGUAACAAUUACAUCUCUGAGUGAAGCACAGCAUUCCAACCAGCUUUGUACUACAGAGGGACUAAAGCCAGUCACUACUGUAAAGCAGCAAAACACACCACAUACUGGUAUUUCAAUUAAGUUAUCCUCAAGUGUAAGUGUUGUUCAACACAAAGCAGGGAUAGGGAGAAAUGUUGCUGUAGCAUCAUUGCUUUCAAAAACUGAAACAGAAAAGUCCAGUACGUAUAUCCCAGUGUUAGAAAAAGAUAAAUCAAUAUUGCCUAGUAUAACAAAACAAGAGAGAGAUAAAAAAGUUCUUGCUCCCAGUAUUACUAGCUCUGCUACAUCUUCAGUUCCUAAAAUAGAGAAAAAUAAAGUUGCUUCUGCUACCUCACUUUUGAAGAGUAAUACAGAUAACAAUUUUAUCACAUCUCUUCAUAAAUCUGACAAUGAUGUAACCAUUUCUACUUGCCAAGUGCGUAAAGCAAAUAAGAGCAAAAUUGAUAUUCGAUCAGUUCCAGCAAAUAGUGACGUAAUUAAAUUUGAUAAAGUACAAAAUAUAAAUGGCAAGGAUAGUUAUAAUUUGAAAUUGUGUGACAAGAAAAUGGUAGAUAAAAAGAAAGAGCCUUUUAUGAAAAGAACUCUUUUUAAGACCAAAAGUCAAGAAGAUAAAAAGAUGCUUGGACCUUCUGUGUGCAAAACUAAAAGCAUAGAAGGAAAAAAGCCUUCAGGUGCAUUUUCUCCAUUACACGAAAGCAGUGUCUAUGCUUUUGAACCAGAAGUUGAAACAUCUCUUGAGGAAUCUUCACCAUUUUCACAAAGAAUUAAAAACAUUCAUCCGUCACCAGGAACAUCACCUGUAAAGCCUAACAAUUCAAUUAAACCUCCAAGUCAAGCACCAGUUCCAAACAAACCACUUGGUAAAGUAACUACAGUUGCUAAUGUUCGAAGUCCUGUUGCUCGAUCUUUAACCCCCAUUAUAGCAGGUAGGGCAAAACCUACUGUGGGAGUAAACCCUAGUACAGUAACAUCUCAGGCAGUUGUUUUAGGAAAAAGAGCAAGUUGCACUACAGACACAACUAAUAUGAAAGCUGCUGGUACUGGAACAGAGACCUCACAAGUCACAAGUAAGCUUAGUCCUACAUGCACCACUUCUCAGCCAUUGCAAGAGCAUGGGAGAGUUGGUGCUGAAGCUGAAGUAGUAGUAGAAGCCUCUGGUGGCUUUAAGAAGAACAUUAGCAGCACCUCUAUAGCCAUUCAGUGUGACAUGGAUGAGGGGAUAGAGGUUGCUGCUGAAGAUGGUGUGAGUGCCAAUGAAAGUGGAACACAAACUGAAGGACCAAGUAAAUUUCCUUUGCCUCCAAAUGCCUCUCCAUUUUAUUAUCUUCCCCUGGCAAUGGCUGCUUUAGGAGAAAAACUUCCUGCCCAGUUAGUCCAGCAAAUGUUAGCAAAAACACAAGGGUUAGUUGGUGCAGCAGAAGCUGGUAUGAUUCUUCAACAAGCAGCACAGCUUGCACAGCAGCACCAACAAAAGUUGCAACAGCAAGGUGCAUCUGGUCCAUCUCUCAUAUCAAAUACCUCUGCUGUAAAACCCAUAAAACCUGCAACAAUGCCUGGUUUAGCUGUAACUCCCAUCAUCCCAGGAAUGUCUGCAAGUCCCACAGUUACUCCCAUAAAUUCUUUAAGACCAUUAAGUAAAAAUCAGGAUUCUUCUUCAUCAGUGAGUGAAGUAUCAUCUCCCUCCCCUGUCGUCACAACAUCCACUGCUAACACAGCUCCCAGUAUUGUUGUAACUACAACUGCCUCAUCAACUACAGUCUCCUUACUUCCAGUUACUUCUUCCUCAUGUAUUACAACAACUGCCCCAACCAUGACAGUUCACACCUCAGUUUCUGCAUCAGCAUCCCCUGCUACUCACAGAGUUGUAGUUCAUAGUAAUGAUGUUAAAUCUGUAAAUGUACCUCCUCAUAGAAUCCAGUUAACUCCAUCUAAUACUACAAGUGAAGAGGUCAACUCUCCCACAUAUAAAGCCACUGCUAAGCCAAGAUUAGUAAAAUCUAAGGAAAGAGAUGAAGAGAAACUUAAGACUUCCAGAGAUGACAAGGCCUUUCCUACUCGAAGACGCAGUGGCCGAGCUACAACUCUGGCUGCAACAAGGGCUACAGAAUCUGACAUGCAUGAAAUUGAGGAACUACGCAGAAAUAGGCGCGCUAAGCGUGCAGCUGCAGCACUAGCCAAGGAGGAGGGUUGGAGUUCUUCAUCUGAGGCACCACUUAGUCCCCAGAUGUCCCCAGAUACUCUAAGAGGCUGGCCUCCACCCCGUCUAACCAGUCCAACGCCAUCUCAAAGUUCAGAAGGGACAACCUCAUCUACCCCAUCCCAGCGAGGCAAUCGACUGUCAUCUUCUCGUAGUCGUCGGCAGUCGCCUGCAAGUAGUAUAGAUAGUAAUGUAAAUCUUGGAAAAUCGUCAUCAUUAUCAAACAUUCCAGCUAGUCAAAGUGUGCAGAGUAGUUCUGCACAAGUAUUAUCCGACAAAUCCUUGGCAGAUCCCAAUGCUGCAUAUAUAUGUGAUAAUUCCCUGUUAACCCGAGCACCAACGUUUUUCCCAUCUGAAGAAGAGUUUACUGAUCCUCUUGAUUACAUUGAAAAGAUACGACCAGAAGCUGAGCAGUUUGGCUUAUGCCGAAUUGUUCCACCCAGUAAUUUCAAGCCUGAAUGUCGUGUCAACGAUGAUAUGAGAUUCACUGGUAACAACCAAUAUAUUCACAAGAUGAUGAGACGUUGGGGCCCAAAUGUACGCACUCUCCAUGCUAUUAAAAGAUGUCUAGCAAAACAGAAUAUAGAACUUACCAGCAAUCCCCUAAGGAAAGAGAUCAGCUUUUGGCAGAAGUUGACUCUAUUCAUGCCCGUAACCAAAUGGAGCAUAGUGGAGGAGGCAGCAAGAAAGCUUCCUCAAAUUCUUCAGACAAUGAUGAAGAGGAGGAGGAAGAAAGCCUUGAUUGUAUUGUAAAGGGUAAGAGCACAGCUCUAAGUACAUUUUAUCGUAUUGCCCGGAACACUGCAACACAGUGGCAACCUGAUCCUGCUGCUCUAGAAGUAGAUGAAAGAUACUGGUCACUAAUAGUCAAUGGUACCCAUCAUGUAUGUGUUCUAUCUGCAAGCAUUGACACUUCAGAACAUGGUUAUGGCUUUCCCAAUCAUCGAAUGUCACCUUUAGCAAAACAUCCAUGGAAUCUAAAAAACCUUUGCCAGAAUCCUAACUCCAUUCUAAGAAGUAUGGGAACAAUUGUUGGUGUAACUGCUCCCACAUUACAUGUUGGGAUGUUGUUUUCCACUGUGUGCUGGUAUCGUGACCCACACAGUCUACCCUGGAUUGAGUACCUUCACACGGGGGCAUCCAAGAUAUGGUAUGGUGUAGCAGCUAGUCAAGAGGAUAAAUUAUGUGCUGCCCUAAAGAAAAUAGUGCCAGAUUUUGUCAAGGACUCGGCAAUAUGGCUGCCAUCUGACACUGCGAUGGUUCCCCCAAGUGAGCUGGUACGUGAAGGUGUUAGAGUGUGCAGAGUGGUGCAGGACCCAGGCCAGUUUGUUGUUGUUUUCCCAGGUGCCUUCACUUCCAGCAUAUGUAAAGGAUAUCUGAUCUCAGAAAGUGCAUUCUUUGCUCGCCCUCAGUAUUUUGAGCGGGCAGUUGCUUCCUUCAAAGCACUUCAUGACUGCUGUGAGCCAUCAAUGUUCUCGCUGGACCGUUUAGUACUGUCAGUUGUCAGUGAUCCUCGAGCGACAUUAGAUGGCCUCUUGCGGGCUAGACAACUUGUGCUCCAAGUUGUAGAAAAGGAAAAGAGAUUAAGAGCUCAACUUGCUGAGAUUGGUUUAGAAGCAAGUGAAAGAUUAUCGACUCCUGAUUCUCAUAGAAAAAAGAAGAGCCGAUUUAUUGAAGAUGAGGAAGAAAAUGUGUGUGAAAUGUGUCGACAGAAUCUUUAUGUAUCUUUGGUGACUAACUCCCAAGAAGAAGCUGUAUAUUGUCUUGAUCAUGCUCUUGUCUUUCUGAGCAAGAACCCAAGCCACUUGGAAUUCUGCAAGCUUAUGUACACAUAUAGUUUGUCUGAGCUUGAUGGUGCAAUAAAACAAAUGGAUGAGCGUAUUCAACAGAAGAGUGGGAAGAAAAUGUCACCCAAUAGUAAGAAGGCCAAGUCACGUGAACAUCAUGAUUCUUUCAGCAGUACCAGUAGUUCAAAUCUUUGAUGGUAAAUUUAAUAGAAGCUUAAGAAAGAUUGUAAAUAAGCCUUUCUAUUAGCAAAAGAUUAUUGGUCACCUCCAAACUUGGAAGCAGGUAUUGGUUGUGGAAGUUUUCCUAUUGUGCAUUAUAACAACUUUAAGAAAUUUGUUGUUGCCAAAUUGCUUAGAAAUAAUUUUUUCAUUAAUUUUUACACUAUCCUUAACAAAUACCUUGUAGGUAAAACUAGGAAAUUUAUGUGCAAUUUUUUUUUAAAUAUGGAGAACAAUAUUGAAUAUUAGACAAUCAAUAUUGACACUGAAGGAGGCAUUAUUACAUUUUGGGAGUAUUUUUAUUCCAUCAGUAGUGCUGUAUAUUACUGAAUCUUAUUAUGGAUUUUACUGAGUUGUAGACUGAUGUAUUUCUGCAACUCAUUCGAAAUUGAUUUGAUAGUCUGUCAUUAUUGCUUUGGAUAGUCAGUUAUGAAGCAGCCUCUACUUCACUUAUAAUUGGUAAUAUUUACCUAAACUGCAAAUUAUCUCAUUUUAUUCAUAGUAAGCUUGAAUUACAAAAUGAACCAACCAAUAUUUUAUGAAAAUUAGUUGUUCCUCUUUUGGUGCUUUUACUCAUUAAAAGUAUAUAUAGUUUCAUCAUGUAAGAUCUGCACAAGAUGUUUUGGUCUUGAAAUUUUUUAAUAUGUAUUAUGAUAAUACAUUAUUCCUAGAAAAUGCAUUUUCAACUGAUUCUUGCAGUUAAUAUUUGUGCAGAUUUCUUAAAAGUAGUUUUGUACAUGAUAAGGAGAAUGAGGAGGAACACCUGAAUGAUCAUCAAGAAGCUUGAAGAAGGUUGAUGGUGACAUAAGAUUGCAAGUUAGCUUAGGCAGACGUAUUUUAAUCGUGAAGAGUCGAUACAGGUCAUUAAAAAUCUGAAAGCUAUAACUGCCUUUUCCUAUGUAGAGAAUUUUAGAAAAUUUAAACUUGUUAAGAAAAUUUGGCAAAGUAAUUUAAAUUGAUAUAUGAAUUAUCAAAUUUUUGGCAUUACCUAGUUAGUGUUUACAGUAUAGUACAGUAUUUCCAAAUUAAUAGCGUGACAUUGUGAAACAGGCCCCCCCCCCACACAUACACACACACACACACACACACACACACACACACACACACACACACACACACACACACACACACACACACACACACACACACUCUCACACACACACACACACACACACACACACACACACACACACACAC